AGCCCCUAUCUUUUUUAAAAAGGUUCUUAAGAGGAUAAAGCAGUCUGAAGAAGAAGAAGCGUUCAAGCGAAGAGAAAUAAGCAAUGGAUAAAGCACCAGAAAUUCAUUUUCCAAAACUGGAGAAACCUUCGGGCAAGAAACAAACAACGACAGUUGUUGUCGGAGCUUUAGCUGUCGCAUGGUUGGCAAUGGAGUUCGUGUUUAAGCCAUUGUUCAACAAACUUAACUCAUCAAAGGAUAAAUCAGUCUCCGAGGAUGCUACUGCUCCUCCCGCUGACACAGCAGCGUCCGACGAUGCCACAGCUCCUCCCACGGCUGACGAUGCAACAGCUCCUUCCACGUCCGACGCCUAAAGGUGAGAAUAGCCUCUGCGAGAGACAUGUCUUACAAUUUCUUCGUAAUCAAUAAUAUUUAUAAGCAAUAUGUUUUGUGUGUUUAUGUUGUUGUUUCUUCUGUAAUAUUGUUCGGCUUUUAUGACGAUGAUUUUAAGUUAAGGUAAUCUUGUUUUUCUUUUGUUUUUGUAAUAAAAUUCCCGAGAUGGAAUAAUAAAUCAAUGAGUUACGAUGUAAUAUUUGAUUGCAUUUUCCUAAUUGCCUUGGGCUUUGU